GAAAAAACAACAACAACAAAAAAAGCCCUCUUCUCCUCUUCCUCUUCCCCUCGAUGGAGUCAGCCGACUUCUAUGAGACGGAGCCCCGGCCCCCCAUGAGCAGCCACCUCCAGAGCCCCCCGCACGCGCCCAGCAGCAGCAGCAGCAGCAGCAGCAACCAGAGCAGCGCCGCCUUCGGCUUCCCCGCGGGGUUCGGGCCGCACAGCCCCCCCGCGCUACCUGCGGCUCCCGAGCCUCUGGGUGGCAUCUGCGAGCACGAGACGUCCAUCGACAUCAGCGCCUACAUCGACCCGGCCGCCUUCAACGACGAGUUCCUGGCCGACCUCUUCCAGCACAAUCGGCAGCAGGAGAAAGCCAAGGCGGCGGCGGCGGCGGCAGCGGCGGCGGCGGCGGGGGCCGCGGCGGGGAUCGGAGCCGCCGGGGGGGACUUCGAUUACCCCGGAGGCCCCGGAGGACCCGGAGGUGCCAUCAUGUCCGGAGGGGCGCACGGGCCCCCGCCUCCCGGCUACGGCUGCUCGGCGGCCGGUUACCUGGACGGGAGGCUGGAGCCCCUGUACGAGCGCGUCGGGGCGCCGGCGUUGCGGCCGUUGGUGAUCAAGCAGGAACCCCGGGAGGAAGACGAAGCCAAGCAACUGGCCUUAGCCGGGCUCUUCCCGUACCAGCCGCCGCCGCCCCCGCCGCCGCCGCAUCCCCACGCCUCGCCCGCGCACCUGGCCCCGCCGCACCUGCAGUUCCAGAUCGCGCACUGUGGCCAGACCACCAUGCACCUGCAGCCGGGGCACCCCACGCCGCCGCCCACCCCGGUGCCCAGCCCGCACCCCGCACCCGCGCUCGGCGCGCCCGCCUUGCCGGGCCCCGGCGGCACGCUGAAAACCCUCGCCACCGGGCACCCCGACCUCCGCGCGCCCGGCGGCGGCGGCGGCGGCGGCAACGGCGGCGUCGGCAAGGCCAAGAAGUCGGUGGACAAGAACAGCAACGAGUACCGCGUGCGGCGGGAGCGCAACAACAUCGCCGUGCGGAAAAGCCGGGACAAGGCGAAGCAGCGCAACGUGGAGACGCAGCAGAAGGUGCUGGAGCUCACCAGUGACAAUGACCGCCUGCGCAAGCGGGUGGAGCAGCUCAGCCGCGAGCUGGACACGCUGCGGGGCAUCUUCCGGCAGCUGCCCGAGAGCUCUCUGGUCAAGGCCAUGGGCAACUGUGCGUGAAGGCGGCCCCCCACCCCACCCCACCCCGGUGCUGCCCGGGCGUGCGCGUGCGUGAGCUCGGGACUGCAGGGGAGGGGGCCAGGGUGUGUGUGGGGGGGGGGGGGCCCAUCCUGGGUCGCCUCCUGGA